AUCUAAUCUUGUGUGUUUUGGGUGUAUGUUGUAGUUGAGGUACUCUUUCUAACUAGCAACUUUUAAUAAUUUUCAAUUUAAUUGGUUUCCGAAGCUCAGAAAUCAGCCGUUUUGUUUUACAGGUGAGUACUGCGCUGCUAUUAGUUAAACUUUGCCAACCCUACCAUUUUUGCAGUUAUUUUGCUACCUGUCAAAACAGAAAAAUUUGUAUUGAACAGAGAUAACACGUAUUUAUUAUCACAAUUAAUCAAAUUAUGUCAAAUAAAAAAUUAAUACACAUAUUAUAACAAAACUGAUAAAAAAUAGCAACAUAAUAUUAUCUCCCUUGCACAUAAGCGCUUCUCAAAAUCCAUUCCUGCAAUAUUCCUUGGAAGACAUUCAUCGGUCUUUCUCUAAUUCUUUUAUAAUAUUUGUUUUAAAUAAUAGUUGAAAUUGAAGUUAGAAAUCCUAUAUAUAUUGUGUCAUCAUCAAAUUGUGGCAGUUGCCCCACUCGGACACCGCUUCAUCUAACAACCAGCGAAGCAUUUUAUUUACAUUUACUUGUUAUUUUUUUCUUCUUUUAAUAAUAAAUUAACAUUGGAUAAGAAUAUCAGAGGAUACCGACACAAUCCAAUCCAAUCCAUGCUUUUAUGUGCACUCAUUGCACGUGCCAAGCUGCAAGUCACCUCUUGAUCUUCUCCUUCAUCAUCAGCCUCAACAACAUAAAUAAACAAAUACCACCACCAACCAACAAUCAAUCUUCAGAGAGACAGACAGACAGGGAGAGGUGGUUCAUUCAGUCAGUGAAAUUAGUAUUGUUGUUGAAGCUCUAGAUAGUGGAAUUAAUUAAGUAAAAGGACGAUGGGCGUGGUGAUCAUCGACGGAACUACAGUGAGGGAGUUCGUGAAAGAGGAGGCGCAGUUCAAGAAGAGCGUUGACGAGCAGUUUGUGGCUCUGGACCUUAACAGCGACGGCGUUCUGUCGCGGGCGGAGCUACGCAAAGCGUUCGAGUCGCUGAGGCUGAUUGAGGCCCACUUCGGCAUCGACGUGGCCACCCCACCGGAGCAGCUGACUCAGCUCUACGACUCCAUAUUCGACAAGUUCGACGCCGACCAGAGCGGGACGGUGGAUCUCGACGAGUUCAGGGAGGAGAUGAAGAAGAUUAUGCUGGCCAUCGCCGACGGGCUCGGCUCAUCCCCUAUUCAGAUGGUUCUGGAGGACGACGACCAAAACUUUCUCAAGAAGGCUGCCGAUCUCGAGGCUUCCAAGACCUCCCUCUGAAUCUGAAUCACUCUCACUUUCCUCCGCCUCCGCUAGUUUGUUUCUGCAGACCAUGUGUUGUUAUCUUGUGCUCUUUUUCUUUUUCUUUUUCUUUUAUAUAACUGCAAAAAACAGCCUUGAGUAUGAGGAGUUGAGCCUGUCUUUAUGUUAUAUCAAGAUAUAUUAUCAUCCAUAAAUAGAAUUCAAUCUCUACUCCAUUUUCUCCUC